AUGUAAGUAGAGUAAGAAUUUACAGAAUAGGAUUUAUAUUUUGGCUCAAAGAUAAAUAUUGCUUAUCUUAAAAGAGUCAAAGGAUAGUGUUAUAAAUAUUAAGCUGGUGAUAUUUUUCAGCAUACUGAUAGAAAUUCUGUGUAAUCUGCAUUACAAUACAGAUUACCUUUAGCUCAGUUAGGAUAAGAGUAUGAAAAAGUAAUUGUGCCAUGUAUACCAGCUUGUGAUCUCUACACUAAAUAUUUAGAAUAUGAACUACAAGAGUCUAACAAUUAAUCUGAGUUAAAAAAAAAUUAGCUUCUCACAUUAAAUGAGAUUGUUUCUUGCUGUUUUAUUAAAGUUUCAAAAGAUUAAGAUUAUGAUACAAUAGCAUUUUAGAGCGGUAAAAGAUCUGCUAUAGUUAAAACAGUAGAAGGGGUCUACAUAAGAUUAAAGGGAUGUGGUAAUUUGGACUAAGGAUUUCCUUUAGAAAAGUCUUCAAGUAAAUAUCCCGAAGCAUAUGAACCAAGAGGAUGUUAGUUUAAUCAUACUGCAAAAAGAGAAAUUUACGUGAGCAAUCAAGUUAGUUAAUUUCUAUAACUGAUAAAUAAUGAAUCUGCUAUUAAGCCUUUAGGCUUCUACUUAUACAAUGAAAAUUUUGAAUAGGACUAAUCCUUUUGUCCAAACCUAAUAUGCUUGAAAAAUGAUGCUAAACUAAUUAGAAAAUAUUCGACUGUAUUUGAAACGCUAGGAGAAAAAAGACUGUCAACUCAUCUUCUUUAAGGACUCUCUCAGCUUUUAAGAGGAGCUUUGAGAUAAACUAAAAAAGAGAAUACUCAAUAUAAGUAGAUUUAAAGCAGUUUUCCAUAAGAAAGGAUUAUUCCAAACGACUAAGAUUUAGAAAAUGGUAUUUAUUAGGUAGAAGAAAAUAUGAUGGAAUUAUUAGAUGUUGUUUAGAGAGAAAAGCUUUUAGAAGAAGAAACUUUCCCUAUUGAGAAGGAAGGUCUUUACUUAAACUUGUAUCAAAACUUAUUUCAUACUAAAAAAUAGCUGAAUUCAGAAAAAAUAAAUUUCUAGAAUUUAUUUGAAUCAUUAUAAGUCAAAUUAAUUUAUUAAGGUUUAUUUAGCCAAAUCACAGCUAAUUUGAAUGAUAUUGACUUUAAUCAAUUGGUUUUAUAAAUUUCAUUAAUAUAUGGUAGAGUUGGGUGGGAAUUAGGCAGCAUUAUGAGAAGUUUUUACUAGAAUAAGCUUAAUUGGGGAUAUUAUGCUGACCACGAUUCUGCCUUUCACUGCAAUGCUCACCCUAAUAAUUUCGUAGUUUUACCUUAAGGACAUGCUAAUUUAAUUGCUCCUCUUGAUUUUGAUAUGGCUUUCUUUGAAGAAGAGUUCAUUAACAUCAACAAUAAUGAACCGACUUAUGGGUAAAAUGAUAAAUAGUUGUUUAAUAAGUACAUGGAGCUAGGCAGAUAAAGUUUGGAGCUUGCUUUAUCUGGCCUUGAAAUAAUGUCAAACUUUUAAUUCGAAACUUAAAAUAAUUUCUAAGAAGAACCAGAAGUUCAGCUAUUGUAUUCACUAUACAUUCAAGCUUUUAGGGAUACUUUGAGGAUAUAUUACAUGAGGGGAUUUGAAAAUAGAUCAUGUGACAUUUCAAUUUUGUAGUUAAAUUCAAGCUAAUUUAAUUAAAUUCAUGACAUAAUUAAGCUAAGUCUGUUACUUACUUGUGAAGAAAAAUGUUGA